CCAUCCAACUCUUCCCAUCGUAUAUAUCCCCCCAACCUGAAAACAUAAUGUCUAACGUCUUCUUCGACAUCUCCAUCAACAACCAGCCCGCAGGGCGCGUCGUCUUCAAGCUCUACGACGAUGUUGUUCCCAAGACCGCUAAGAACUUCCGUGAGCUCUGCACAGGCGAGCACGGCUUCGGCUACAAGGGCUCUUCGUUCCACCGCGUCAUCCCCAAGUUCAUGCUCCAGGGUGGUGACUUCACCAAGGGCAACGGCACUGGUGGAAAGUCCAUUUAUGGCGAGAAGUUCGCUGACGAGAACUUCCAGUUGAAGCACACCAAGCCCGGUCUCCUUUCCAUGGCCAACGCUGGAAAGAACACCAACGGCUCGCAGUUCUUUAUCACCACCAUCGUCACUUCUUGGCUCGAUGGCGCUCACGUCGUCUUCGGCGAGGUUGUUGAGGGCUAUGACAUCGUCAAGAAGGUUGAGAGCUACGGCUCCCAGUCCGGCACGACUUCUGCGACGAUCACCAUCGCCGACAGCGGAACCGUCUAGAGAGCUCUCAUUCUCCAUUGCAUUGGUUCUUCGCGGAGCCACACAUGUCUUUAUUUCGUCACUAAGCAUGGAGGGGGAAGAAAAAGAAAAGAAAGCAGUAUAUUGUCGUACGUUGUACAAGUAGCGGAUCUCGUAGCAUGUUGUAUGUGUUGUAUCGAAAAGGACAAUCGAUGGUAGCAUGUGAUGGGUGUAUAUUUUCUGCCCCGGCUGUGAGUCCGGGGACCGGAACAGCC